UGUGCUCUGGAAUAGGCUUCUGAGACCUUCUCAAGGAACAGUACAUUGAUCUGAAAGACCGUCCCUUCUUUGCUGGCCUGGUGAAAUACAUGCGCUCAGGGCCAGUAGUUGCCAUGGUCUGGGAGGGCUUUGAAUGUGGUGAAGACAGGCCGGGUCAUGCUUGGGAGACCAGCCCUGCGGACUCCAAGCCUGGGACCAUCCGUGGGGACUUUUGCAUCCAAGUUGGCAGGAACAUCAUUCAUGGCAGCGACUCCAUGGGGAGUGCGGAGAAGGAGAUCGGCUUGUGGUUUCAGCCUGAGGAACUGGUGGAUUAUAAGAGCUGUGCUCAGAACUGGAUCUACGAAUGACGGGAGGGAGACCACAGUUCUUUUCCACCCACUUCCCUUCCUUUCCGUGGGCAAAGGACCAGGCUGCAGCAAACGUAGUUAUUUACAGGGACUUCCUUAUCAUUUGGAGGGACAUUCUUGGAGCUGUGAGUGCUCCCUAUAGUGUUAUAUGCUACCAUCCGAUUAAAAUGUCUCAUCCCA